UCCAACAGUCACCUCCGUUACAUGUUACGAUGGUUGGAUUCUUACGAGGUUUUUUCAAGAAACGUACUAACUGUCAGCCAGUGAAAAUAAAUCAGAACCCUUUCGAGUACAGAUUUGAGAAAGUGAUUAAAUGGACACAAAAAUUGACGUUUCUAAACAACGUGAUUAAAUUUUUGAAUCGUAAAAAUAACCGAUUAGCCAUACCAUUCCUCAUUUUCGUCUUUGGAGGAUCGUUGGGCCUCAGAGAGUUUGCAGAUCUACGGUAUAAAUACCGCAAUGUAGCACCCGUACGCGAAGAGCUCGAACGCACUGGGGUAAAACUAAGGGAUCGUAAGGAAACUACGAUAGAGGCAGCUUACGAAAAGCUUAAAGAGGUCGAUCUCGACAAUUGGGAGAAUAAAAGGAUACCAAGGCCUUGGGAAGAAGAAGAGGCAAAUCAAGCCACAGCGUCGAAGUAGUGUUGUAUGCUAAUGUAAGGUGAUUUAUUAUAAUCCACAAUAAUCCUCACCUCUGGGUGACGUAUUAUAUCGUGCUCAUUUUCUGUAGUAUACAUUUCCCAAUGUUGUGCCCAUAUAGAAAAUAACACAAAGCAUUGUACAUAUGUGUUUAAAGAACUGAAUAAUUACAAAUCGAUUUAAAA